AUGUCAUCGUCGGGAUCGAAGCAAUCGUCUAUCGUAGUUGCCGUGAGGAUUAGACCUUUCAAUGACACGGAAAGACCGCAUUUGAUAGAUUAUGAUAACAUCAAUAAUAUGAAGAAACCUACUGGGAUUUGGAAAAUUGUAGAUUGUCUGGAUGACAAGAUGUUGAUAUUCGAUCCACAGGAUAGAAAUCCAUUGAACAUGAUUAAUGAAAAUAUACUAAACUCGAUUGCUAACAAACAUGUGAAAUUCAACAAGAAAAGAAGCGAAACGAAGUUUAUCUUCGAUAAAUUGUUUGAUGAUGACAGUACGCAGGAGCAGAUCUUCGAGGAUACUACACGUCCUUUACUGGAUUCUGUCCUUGAUGGGUUCAAUGGGACCGUCUUUGCGUAUGGAGCUACAGGUUGUGGUAAGACGUACACAAUAAAUGGGACGUCUGAAGAUCCAGGGAUCAUAUUUAGAACAAUGAACGAAUUAUUUGGUAAGAUAGAAAUUUUAUUACAAGAUAGUAACAGAUCCAAAAUCGAAAUAAGUUUAUCAUAUCUGGAGAUUUAUAACGAGACGAUAAGAGAUUUAUUGAAACCUGAGACGCCGUCGAAAAAACUUAUCAUUAGAGAAGAUCAAAAUAGUAAGAUAUCCGUGACCAAUCUUUCGUACCAUAGACCAGAAAAUGUUCAAGAUGUUAUUGAUUUGGUAAUUCGCGGUAAUUUAAACCGAUCAUCGUCCCCGACAGAAGCUAAUGAAGUCUCAUCCAGGUCUCAUUCCGUCUUGCAAAUUCAUGUUAAACAAGUUUUAAAGAAUUUUGAUGACAUUGGCAGUACGAAUCAGAUUGAUUCUACAUUGUCUAUCAUCGAUCUCGCCGGUAGCGAACGUGCUAUAACGACGAAGAACCGUGGAAUACGGUUGUAUGAAGGUGCCAAUAUUAAUAAAUCGUUACUCGCGCUGGGUAAUUGUAUCAACGCAUUAUGCAUAAAUAAGAAGUCAUGUCAUAUCCCAUAUCGAGAUUCGAAACUAACGAGGUUAUUAAAAUUUUCAUUGGGAGGUAAUUGCAAGACUGUUAUGAUAGUUUGUGUGUCACCAAGUAGUUUACACUAUGAUGAAACGUUAAACACACUGAAGUAUGCGAAUCGAGCCAAAGAAAUCAAGACCAAAGUGAUUAGAAAUCAAACUAGUUUAAAUCGACACGUUGGAUCCUAUUUGAAAUUAAUCACGGAACAGAAACAAGAAAUUGAUAAAUUAAAAGCCCGUGAAGAUAAGAUUGUCAAUAUGGAAAUUUCCAAAUAUAAUUUAACGGUGAAGAAGAUUGAAAUGAGUAUCAGUGACAUUGGGAAUAAUUUAAAUAAAGUGUUAGCAAAUAGUGGUAAUUUCAAAACUAUGAAAUCAUUAAUGCUUGUGAAAAGACGGUUUUUACAAUUGAUUGAAAUUGAAAUUGAUGAUAUUAUAAAUUGGGAUUACACCACUAGUGAAUAUUUCCAAGAGAUAAAACAAAAAAUCCAAAAUGAUAUUAAACAACUAGAAAUUAAAUUUGAUUCAAACGAUGAAAUCGAUACCAUUUUCCAAAAUUCCGAGAGUAUCGAUCUACCACGACUACGUGAAUCAGAAAACUGGGAUGAAGCCAUGCAUCUACCACGCUUUCAGGACAAACUAAACUAUCUCAAUGAAUUGACAAGAAACGAGAUCUUGAUAAAUUCGUCAAUGAUCAUGGAAAAAUUGUUGACGAACGAUACCAUGACAAGAUUUUUCAAGUUCCAUGCAAGUCUUAUAACGCAAGAAAAAAAUGUAGACACCAUAUUACAAGAACUUGCCAGUGUAGAUGAAACAUUCGAUGAAUUUGCCAAUAUUUUCAUGACACAAGACAACAACACUCGUCGCUUCUCCAUGACACCACCAACGCCGACGGUCACCGCGGCGAUUCUCGCAACAGCAGCGCCAAAGAAGAAGCUGCGCUGGUCAGAUGACAUCGUCAACGAUUCAUCUGCAAUGGACAUCGACGUGUCACAAAAUUACAACUUCGCCAGUUAG